AUGGUCGCUAUUGUCAACGCAUUUGUAGCGCUGCUUGCUGCUGGCGCCGCGGUCGCUGUGCCCCUAAGCACUCGAGAUGGCGCCUGCACUACAAAGACGCAACGGAAGGCUUGGCAUACCCUCACCAACGAGGAAAAGAAAGACUACCUCGAUGCCGAGCUCUGUCUCAUGGCCAAACCUGCGAGUCUGAAUCUCACAGCCACCAAGACCAAGUUUGACGAACUCCAAGCCAUCCAUCAUGGCCAGGCGUACAAUAUCCACAACGUUGGUGCGUUCCUUCCCUGGCACAGGAUGUUUGUGCACGCCCACGAAGUUCUCCUGCGCACCGAGUGCGAUUAUGAGGGCCCUAUAGUGUACUGGGACGAGACCCACGAUGCCGGCAGCUUCAGCACAUCCGACAUCCUGGAUCCUGAAACGGGCUUCGGCGGGAACGGCGUGGGCCCGGACGGCUGCAUCGGGGAUGGUCCUUUCGCCAACUACACUAGCCGCUUUGGUCCUGGAUACACGAUCAAUGACCACUGCAUAUACCGAAAUGUCAUGGAUGUCGUCAGCACCGCCGCUUCACAGCAGAUUAUCGACAGGUGUCUCGCUCUGCACGACAUACUGGACUUCUGGCCGUGCGUGGAGGCUGCUCCUCACGCAGCAGGACAUGGCGGUAUCGGUGGGCUCAUGCUAGAUGUAGUUUCCAGCCCUGGAGACCCCAUUUUCUUCCUACACCACACCUGGCUCGACAAGAUCUGGUGGCAGUGGCAGGCCGUCGACCCCGCCACGCGUCUUAAUGCAAUCGGCGGCCCCAACAAGCCGACCUUUGGUUUUCCCAUGCCCAUCAACGGGUCCUUCCCCGGGAUCCCCGGUAAUGGGACCAUCCCCGGGUUUCCAGGCAAUGGAUCCUUCCCCGGAAUGCCUGGGAUGCCUGGGGCGGGAGGUCCGUCUGGCGGAAUCCCCUCGGACCUCACCGACAUGAUGCCGCCUCUGGAGCUGGUCGACCUCGAGAUGGCCGGCGAUCCGUCGAACGUCACGACUUUGGGCCACGUCCUGGACAUGUUCGGCGUUGUUCCAAACGCCACUAUCGCCGACGUAAUGGACACUGUGGGUGGACUUUUGUGUUAUGAAUAUGUGUAG